AUGAGUCGGGCCGCAGAGGCCGUGUUCGUAAGAUUGGCAGCAUCAGCGUCAAUAUGUGGCAACUCUUCCCGCAUGAAGCCUAGUUGGCUACGAGCAUCGUUCUUGCUCCCAAUCGUCAAGAACUAUUCAAGGCCAUACAGUGCUGAACCAGCAUUGAAACAACCACAGUCUGACACUGAUCCAGAUCUCCAACGAUUAUUACAACUACGAAACAUUGGAAUAUCUGCUCACAUCGACUCAGGAAAGACCACAUUAACGGAACGUAUUCUCUACUAUACUGGACGAAUUGACCACAUUCACGAAGUGCGUGGUAAAGACAAUGUGGGUGCUAAAAUGGACUCGAUGGAACUGGAACGUGAAAAGGGAAUCACGAUUCAAUCUGCUGCUACCUAUAUUAAAUGGAAGUCUACAAACAUCAACAUUAUCGAUACUCCUGGUCACGUCGAUUUCACUAUCGAGGUCGAAAGAGCACUUAGAGUGCUUGAUUCUGCUGUGCUAGUAUUGUGUGCUGUUGGAGGUGUACAGAGUCAGACUAUAACGGUGGAUCGUCAGAUGAAGAGAUAUAGUAUUCCUCGCCUGGCGUUUAUAAACAAGAUGGAUCGAGCCGGAGCCAAUCCUUGGAGAGUAUUAGAACAGCUGAGAGCGAAACUGAGACUCACUGCAGCUGCUGUGCAAAUACCUAUUGGUGCAGAGAAUGAUUUCAAGGGUGUCGUGGAUCUUGUUGCCCUCAAGGCAUUCUAUAAUGAAGGUCCUAAAGGGGAAACGAUACGAGAAGCCGACAUACCUAACGAACUAAUGCCCAUCGUCAAAGAAAAGAGAUCAGAGCUCAUUGCCAAUCUGGCUGAAGCAGAUGAUGAAAUAGCAGACAUCUUCCUCAACGAGCAAGAGCCUACGAAAGAUCAGAUGAUGGCCGCAAUUCGACGAGCUACAAUAGCACGCAAAUUCGUACCCAUGUUUAUGGGUUCAGCAUACCACAACAAGGGAGUCCAACUCCUACUAGACGGCGUUAUAAGUUUCCUUCCAGCACCACACGAAGUAGAAAACUUGGCACUAGACCGAGCCAAUAAUGAAGCCAAAGUCGCAUUAGCUUCAACAUCAAAUGACUCGUUAGUUUGUCUAGCCUUCAAAUUAGAAGAAGGGCGAUUUGGACAAUUGACAUAUAUGAGAGUCUACCAAGGUGCUCUGAAGAAGGGCGGAUGGCUUGUUAAUGUCAGGACUGGUAAAAAGGUCAAGAUUCCGAGAUUGGUGCGAAUGCAUUCGAAUGAGAUGGAGGAUGUGGAACAUGUUGGAUCUGGUGAAAUAUGUGCUGUGUUUGGUAUGGAGUGUGCUUCUGGAGAUACAUUUACUGAUGGGACAAAUAGUCUCACGAUGACCUCCAUGUUUGUGCCACAACCCGUGAUUUCCCUCUCUAUCGAACCAAAGUCAAAAGAUUCGCCCAACUUUUCAAAGGCCUUGUCUCGUUUCCAACGUGAAGAUCCAACCUUCCGUGUCCAUAUUGAUUCUGAAAGCAAGCAGACAAUUAUAUCCGGUAUGGGUGAACUCCAUCUCGACAUAUACGUAGAACGUAUGAAACGAGAAUACGGUGUGGAGACCAUCACUGGUAAACCACAAGUAGCCUUCCGAGAAACAAUCACUUCGAACGUUCCGUUUGCUUAUACACACAAGAAGCAAUCGGGUGGUUCAGGUCAAUUUGCUCGUGUGAAAGGUUUCAUUGAGCCUAUAACAGAGCCAUUGGAGGAUGGCUCGACUGUUGAAUUUGAUAAUCAGACUGUGGGUAUGAAUAUACCUACACAGUAUAUACCAUCUGUAGAAAAGGGUUUCUUGGAAGCCUGUGAAAAGGGAGCAUUGAUUGGUCAUCCUGUUACCAAUGUCAGAUUUGUACUACAAGAUGGGUUGGCACAUGCUGUUGAUUCAAGUGAUAUUGCUUUCAGAUUAGCUGGUAUCUAUGCAUUUAGAGAAGCAUUUGCCAAAGCUGGGCCACAAGUUCUUGAACCAAUUAUGGAAGUCAGCGUGUCGGCUCCUGUUGAAUUUCAGGGCUCUGUGAUUGCUUUACUCAACAAGAGGAAGGGAACUAUAUCUGAUUCUGAGACGCGUGAUGAUUAUGUGGAGGUUCAUGCCGAGGUUCCACUUAACGAGAUGUUUGGAUUUUCCACAGACUUGCGAUCUAUUAGUCAAGGCAAAGGAGAAUUCUCAAUGGAGUACAAGUUACACCAACCUGUUCUGCCAUUUGUUCAAAAAGAACUCGUAGAUGAGUUCCAAAAGCAGAGAAAAGCUGCUGAAGGUGGAAAAAGAUAG